UGUUUUGAGGCAAAACUUUUUGGCAAAUUAAUUUGUUUUCAUUUAUAAAGGGAACUAGUAAGAAUUAAGCCUUCUGUGUGGAUUCUCUGCAGUGCUGUGGUGGUCUACUUCUAGGGUUUUAUAAGGGGUUCUAACUCCUCCCUCACCUGACCUUGGUAAGCAGAAAGAAGAGUGCGAGCGAGAGAUUCCGCCAUGGAUAUGUACACGAGAGUCGAGAAGCCGAAGCCGGAGUCGCCGAUUAACGAGAACGAGAUCCGAAUCACCUCCGCUGGUCCCGUCAGAAACUAUAUCAGCUACGCUACUUCCCUUCUCCAGGACAAACAUGCAAAAGAGAUUGUAUUGAAAGCGAUGGGACAGGCAAUCAGCAAGACGGUGUCCAUUGCUGAGAGCAUAAAGAGAAGAAAUCCCCGUCUGCACCAGGAUACUGCCAUUAGCUCAGCAAGCAUUACUGAUGUUUGGGAACCUAUUGAGGAAGGACUCUUGCCUGUGGAGCAGACCCGCCAAGUUUCUAUGAUCACAAUUACCUUAUCAUUCACAGAACUAGAUAAGAACUCUCCUGGAUAUCAAGCGCCACAAGCUGCGGAACAGUCGAAACAGCGAUAUCAGCAGCAGUCACAGCUUAGGCAAGCACGAGAUCCAUAUUAUGAAGAUUCAUAUGGUCGAGGACGUGGACGUGGCAGAGGGAGAGGACGAAACUGGGGCAGGGGUGGAUAUGGAUAUGGAAACUAUCAGGGAAACUAUGAAGGGGAUUAUCAGGGAGGCUAUCAGGGGAAUUAUGAAGGACUUUCUUAUCUCAGAAAAUGGUGGCUAUUCAAACUGGGGACGGGGUAGUGGCAGAGGCAGAAAUUGGGGAUAUCGAGGUGCUGGUUAUGGAGGAGGCAGAGGUGGUGGAUACGAUGGGGGAAGAGGUGGUGGAUAUGAAGGCGGCAGGGCUGGCAGAUAUGAAGGUGGGAGAGGUGGUGGAUAUGUAGGUGGCAGGGGUGGUGGAUAUGAAAGAGGGAGAGGCAGUGGAUAUGAAAGUGGCAGGCGUGGCGGAUAUGUAGGUGGCAGGGGUGGCAGAUAUGAAGGAGGGGCGGUGGAUAUGAAGGUGGCAGGGGUGGCAGAUAUGAAGGCGGGAGAGGUGGUGGAUAUGAAACUGAAAGGAGCAGUGGAUAUGAAGGUGGCAGGGGUGGCGGAUAUGACGGUGAGAGAGGAGGUGGAUAUGAAGGCGCGAGAAGUGGUGGAUAUGAAGGAGGCAGGGGUGGAGGAGGGAGAGGAGGGGGCAGAGGCUAUGGGCGUGGCCGUGGAAGGACGGGUGGUCGUACAAGAGGUGGCAACAACCAGGCAUGACGAGGAAGGUGAUGAAGGUGCUCUCCAGUUUGCUUUUGCUAAAUGCUUUGCCUUGCCAGUGGGCUACAUUACUAUCCAAGUACUGAUUCUAGUUGCAUGCAAUUGGGUCUUACAUGUUGUCUUCUGCGGUUGGUUUUAGCUCUUGUAGGCAUCGAGAGCUUAUGAAUAUGGACAGGCAAGGUUGAUUUUCUGUUGGUUGGUUCCUCUUUUUCUUCAUUUAGCUAAAGAUCAAAGAGGUGCUUUCAAGUGAUAGAUGUAAUUAAAAAGGAAAAACGAUCACACUUUAGUUUGAAAUUUUACCCUGUUCAUAUUUCUGUUGGUGCCAUCAUUAUCGUUUGUUCUUGAAUAGAGUCUUUCCUCUAUUGUUUUCUGGUGUGUUUGGCACGCUACUUUCUUUACUAGCUUGUCCUGGGUUGGCAGUUCUGAGCCAUAA